ACCCUUAUGUGUUGCAGGUUUACCAGCCCACAGCGUGGAGCUGAGGAAUUAGAAGACAAAUAAGAAGCGCAAAUGGAUAACCCCUCAAUCCAGCUGCUAAACUAAUCAUCUUUACCAACAUGCCGCCAAACGGGACAUCGGUUUGUUUCUACCAAGAAAACAACCCUAAACUUCAAUAUCAGUGGUAUGCUUUACUAAAUUCUUCUUGAGGAUUUUUCGCCUUUAAUCUGCAUGCGUCUCGCAAUCAAGUGCGCCUCCGAAAUGGAGCAUUUAUUCCGGCGCAGCAGAGUCCUAAAGACCUUGUUGAGUUUGAGCUUAGUGUUGGCCACUUUUCUGAUGAUCCAAAAGUUCAAAGUGGUGGAUUUCCGAAUGAAGGAGGUGCGUAUGGACAUGAAAAACAGCUUGCGGGGUACUCUGCAGUGGAAGACUAAAGACAAUGUCGCCAGAAAUAUCGCGGCACCGGUCAGGGAAAGCGCACCGGCUACGUGGAACAUCAGCGCUAUUAACUGCACCGCGGACUCAGUCGUGCUCAGUCAGAGCUGGUUUCAGAAUUUGGACCCCAGGUUCCACCGGUUCGUCCUGCACAGACACUGUAGGUAUUUCCCCAUGAUCAUGAAUCACCCUGAGAAGUGUGCUGGGGACGUGGAUCUGCUAAUCGUGGUGAAGUCGGUUAUAGAGCAGCACGACCGCCGCCAGGCUGUGCGUCUCACCUGGGGCAAAGAGCACACCAUCAAUGGCAAAAGAAUUAAAACCCUGUUCCUGCUGGGCACCCCUGCACCUGAAAAGGACGCCAGAAACUUACAGAAACUAAUCGAAUACGAGGACAGAAUAUAUGGAGAUAUACUGCAAUGGAAUUUCAUGGAUACCUUUUUUAACCUCACACUGAAGGAGAUCAAUUUUCUGAGAUGGUUCAAUAUCUACUGCAAAAACGUGCGCUUCAUUUUUAAAGGGGACGAUGAUGUGUUUGUCAACCCAACUAACCUGGUGGAUCUAAUAGACUUUCGUAUAAAGGAGGACAUGGUGCAAAACCUUUUUGCUGGUGACACCAUUUCGAAAGCAGUGCCUAUUAGAAAUCAAAAAAGUAAGUACUUUAUACCUAAAGAGUUGUAUGAUAAGCCAUAUCCACCCUAUGCAGGUGGUGGAGGGUUUGUCAUGUCCUCUCAUCUGGCACGCAGACUUUUUACUGUGUCCGAGAAAAUGGCGCUUUUCCCCAUUGAUGAUGUCUUCUUGGGCAUGUGCCUUCAGGAGUUAAAAGUGGCGCCAGAAAAGCACCCAGGCUUUAAAACAUUCGGGAUCGUGAAGCACAAGGCGAGCCUGAUGAACAGCGAGCCAUGUUUCUACCGCCACCUCAUUGUGGUGCACAAAAUGAGCCCAGAGGAACUAAUGAGGAUGUGGGACACGGUGCAUGAUGAGAAGCUCACCUGCACCAGAAAGAGCGUGGACUUAACUCUAGAGGUUGAGUGAUCUGUGAAUGCUUUGGACACUAAUCUUUGUGUUCUUUGUUCAUUGUUCAGUCAUCGUUACUCAUGCUUUCUCAUUGGGAUCAAAAAGGGUAAUUGUUGGGAAGUAGGGGAAUGAAUGGUUGAAAAAACAAACAAACAAACAAAUUUUUAAAAAAUGCAUAUCAUUUGCACAUUCAUACGUUAAACUGUGGAUGAAUAUAAUUCCUGUCAUGCAUAAAGUUUAUAUUACAACAGAAAAUCCAAAGAAAUGCUCUAAACCUUUCAUUUGGAAUUUUUGUGUGGAUGUCUAACAAGAAUUAUGCGAAGGUGAAUAAAAAGCCAGCUAGCUACUUUUCUAGAGAAAAAAAAAAAAAGAGAGAGAGAGAAAACCUAAAAGCCACUUUGUUUCUCUGAGCUGAGCCAUUUUUUCAUUUUACGAGGUUCAAGGACAACUGAAGACGAGAAGAAUAUAGCAUUCUUUGAAUUGUUACGCAGAUAUGUUUAUGUAUUUUAUUUUCAGGACAAUUGCUCAAAUUAUAGAGACUGACUAGUACACACACACAAAAAAAAAAACCAAAGCUUUGCAUUUAAACAGUAAAAUAGCAACAUAAUCGCAUGGCAUACUCCUUGCAAGCCAAAUGUAGAAAUAUGGUUGUUAUGCAUUCAUAAAUGAUCUCUGUAAGUCUUUCACCAGCCUGAUUUGACUCUAUGAUGGGACAUUUUGCAAUUGUAAGGGUCAAUUGAUUUUCAUAUGAAUAGCCUUUAUUUAACUAUCCCACAUUUAAACAGGGUGGUUCUGAGUAUGGUGUAAAAAAAGGAUGACAUGGCUUUCAUUGUGUUUAAAGACAAUGACUUCAGUGGAAUAGCAUGCUUUUAUUUAUCCAAACACACAGCUCUUCAGAAACACAACAGUGGAAAAUAUUUCCAUUAGCAUACAUAGAUUCAUGGUCUCCAUUGGGUUCAAGACAUUUAAAGGGACCAAUUAGUUAUUUAUACUCUAUAUAGUCAAGUUAAGAAACUCAUUAAAGCAUGUGAAGGCUGUUUCACGUAGUUUUUCCUGCUAUAAACGGUCUGCUACAGUGAAUUUAUGGAAAGAUGUGUAAUGUGUUUACAACAUAUUCUACUGUACUACUAUAUUUUUUCCUUGAUUAUAGGCAACACUAUUGCCUUGAUUGCAAACUAUCAACAAAUGGAGUUUACUAAAAAGUAUUUUUUAUUCCAUCAAGAACACUUCAGCUCAGCAAAAUGAUUUCAUGUAAAGUUUAUUUUUUACAUUUUUAGAUCUGGCCACCAUACUUGCGCUCACAUGUACAGAUUUAUUUGUAAUACGUGAUAUUUAUAGAGUUUUAUGAUACUUAAUUUAAUAAAUACAUUUUCGACCUCUUUUUUCCCGGAAAUGUUACAAAUACAAAUACUGCAUUUAUAUAGAAAUACACAAACAAAUCCACAAAAUAGCAAAUAUGUAUCAGUAAUUUAUUAAAUAUCAAUGAUUUCAUUGUUUAUUGUUUGAAAAUAAGGGACAAGUUUGUGAAUAAAAUGAUGGUAAAACUGGCAAAACUGUCAUUAAUACAGAAGUUGGACACUUGAAAUACUGUUUAAUGUUGGUAUAACAUUCAUGACCAUUUCCAUCACAUCAUGUGUGGAUCUUGCUUCAGAAAAACAGCACUGAAAAGUCAAGUCAUAAUAGAAAAUGCUGAUAUGUAUGGCUCAUUUUAAUAAGAAAAAGGCCUUGUUUUUGCGGACACUGCUUUGGUUAAUAUCUGUUCAUGUAGGGGUUCUAUUAUAUUUUAUAUAUUUGGGGGGGGGGGAAACUAUCAGUACUGUUGAUUUUAAGUUACAGAGAUGGGAUUUAAUCUCAAUUGCUUUAAAAUCUAUGAUAAAGAAGAUAAAGACAAAAAUAAUUGUCUAUUUCCACAUCAUGCACACUACCUGUUAAACCUGUAAUAUACAUGAUGUGAAAAGUCUUAAAUCUGAAGACAUUUUUUAAGUCCUGGAAUAAAUAAAUAAAUAAAUAAAUAAUAAUAAAAAAAA